CUCCAGCUUGAACUCUUAUUUGAAAAUUGUCAAAGCCUUUUAAGUGAGAUGAGGGACGUGACCGUUCAAGUGGCUGGUAAUUUAGGCGCUGAGGCAGCAGCAGUGGCAAAAGCUGCUGAACCUAAGCAGCAAUUAGAGCAACAACUGGAAUCACUGGGUGAGUUUACUUCACCAGGAGUGAUCCUGACUUUACUUGAUUACAAGAUUAUUCAGAUAGUAGUAAUGAUAAUUAUAAUAACACUUUGAAAACGACAAAAAAUUUAAUAAUCUGCUGAAUCGAACAAAUACAUUCCAGCCUUGAUAUACAAACAACGUGAUACUGAUUUAAAUGUAUAUUCUUUGAAUAUGAACUAUGAAUAUUCCAGGGAAUACAUAUUGCCAAAAAAUCAACUCUAUUCUUGCAGUUUGUGAGUUUCGUUUUGUUAAACGGGAUUUAUAUUAAUUUGUAGAGACUCAGUUGAAACAGGAGAAGGAAAGAGGAGCAAGGAAAAUACAGGCUGUGCGCUUGACUUGCCAGAAUCUUGUACUUCACAUGGCGAAAACGGUGAAGGAAUACUUCAAAAAAACAAUGGAGGACACGCGUCGGGAGUAUAAAAAGGAAUUGGAGCUAGCGCGUAGAGAGGGAAUCCAGGAAGGAAUGCGACGCCAAAGACAUCUUUUACAAAGGAAUAUGGUAAAAUAAUCUUGUUACUCGAAAACUGAACAUUGUAAAUAUCUCAGAGAAGAGGGAUGAGACCAGAAGUCAAUGGUUGAAUAGCAUUGCAGUAUCCUUCAUCCUUUCAACUGAUUUAGGUUGUGUGCGCGCGCGCAAUUUCAAUAUGCACGCUUGCUUUAUUUACUUAUUUAAUAGACGUGUAACUGACGUGUGUGUUAGCUCGUUAUGUAAUGUAUUACUUUUACUUUGUGUUGUUUUCCAAACUAAUAUGCCUUAAGUCAGUAACUGUGUUCAGAUUAAGGAUGGCUCCCGCUAAAAUUUUCUGCAUUUGGGUACAGUUUAUGGAGCCGAAACCAAUUGUGGAAUUGCAUAUAUCCCAGGCAUCCUGCCGAUGAACAGUUACGACAAGCAGAUAUUUCCCGUAACAACAAUUUGCCGUCUGUCCUCUUCGAAUUAUAAUCCACUCCCCUCGAGGCUUACAUACCAGGUAGCAGAGGUUUCUUUCCAACACGGUUUUGUAAACAAACUAUUUGUAAUAAAAUACUACACGAAUGUCAGCGACGCGAAUGACUUCAUACUUCCUAAAAACCACGAUGAAAAGAAACCUCUGUUUACAAGAUAAGUCUUUAAGAUCUGAAAUUUAAAAUCUGUGCGUUUAAUUAUGCGUUCCAAAGUUUAAUACCUCGAGUGAAUCAAGAGAUGAUGAGAUGAACGAUGAACUGGGGACUAGUUUGGUGUUGCGUGUAACCUCGCGCAAUUUUGCGUGUAAUGUAACGUCAUUCCUUUGAUCUGGGUCUCGUAUCUAUCAAGCUGAAACUAGGACUUGUUUCUUUCUCUUAUAGGUGUGCACCAGUUGUAACGUGAAUACGUCACGUCUGUUUAUGUGCAGUGGAUGUUGGUCAGCCUGCUACUGUGGAGAAGAAUGCCAGAGAAAUCACUGGCCUACACACAUGGAAACUUGCCGCGGGUUCAUUCCUAGAACUACCGAAGCCCAGAGAGUGUAA